AUGGCUGUCACUGAAAUCACCACCGUCGAGGACUACAAGACCAAAGUCACCGACGCAACCGGCCCCGUCGUCGUCGACUUCCACGCCGUCUGGUGCGGUCCCUGCAAGGCCAUCGCCCCUCAACUGGAGAAGCUCAGCGAGACCCACACCAACGUGAGCUUCUACAAGGUCGACGUCGAUCAGCUCGCUCAGGUCGCUGCUGAGAACGGUGUCUCCGCUAUGCCUACUUUCCACUUCUACAAUGGUGGUGAGCGCAAGUCUGAGGUUAAGGGUGCCAACCCGCCUGCUAUUCAGGCUGGUCUUAAGGCUAUCCUUGAAUAG